GGGAUACUGUUCGCUGUGUCCACAAUCCCCCCGGCCCCAAGAGCAUCGCACCCCCUACAUCCCUCAGCUGGUUUUAUUGAAGCUUUUGCCACCAUGGGGUUGGUUUGAGUGUCUGGAUGUUGUUUUUAGUAUCACAGGAGCAUCCUAGUAAAGCCCCAGGAAGGAGCAGGACCUGGUUGGGCCCUGUGAACUUGGGGUGUUGUCCAAGAUCACUUCGUGGCCGGAGGAGCUGAGGGACACUCUGGUCCCUGGAGGGUGCCCCUGUCCCCUCUGUGGCCCCGGGGAUGGCAGAAGUCCCUUGUGAAGAAGGUGGAGACUCGGCUGCUGUGAUGGAGCUGCUACAGCAGAGAGCACAGGGAAGGACCAAUUUCAGCCUCAGAUGCACUAAUGACAGAAAGGUCAUUUUUGUGGUCACCGUGCUCACCGUGGUGCUGCUUCUCAUAGUCACCAUCAUCACGCUGGCAGCUAAGAAAGACUCACCCUGCCCAGCUCCCACCCUGCCCAGCUGCCUGGAGAGUGGGAUUGGCUUUGGGAACAAGUGCUUUUACUUUCUGGAGGAGGAAGUGGACUGGGAAGGGAGUCAGCACUCCUGCCUCUCCCGCCAAGCCCACCUGGCCACCAUCGACACCAGGGACGAGCUGCAUUUCCUCCUGCGCUAUGGGAACUUCAUGGAGUACUGGGUUGGUCUCUGGAGGGAAGGUUCUGGACCUUGGAAAUGGCUCAAUGGUUCCCUCUUCAAUGCCCUGUUUGACAUCCAGGGCAGCGGCCACUGCGCCUACACGAACUCUCACAGGAUCAGCAGCGACAGGUGCUCUGAGACUAAAUUCUCCAUCUGCAGCCACCUGCAGAGACACCCCAAUGAAGUCCAGAAGGAUACAGAAAUCCUGAAUUCCACCUGA